AUUUCAGUCUUGUCACUGUCAGUCACAUCCAAUCUCGACACGUUCUGCAGUUUGAGGAUAAACCCAGUGUCUUUUCUGCAAAAAAAACUAUUAAUAAGCAACGAAAAAUCAUGGCUUCCCGUUCAUCUGGAUCCAGGCGUCCAGUAGAAAGCAAUCAAACUAUCAACUACGUCCAAGCCGAUGGCCUGGCUGUAAUGAAGAUAGUGAAGCAUUGCCAUGAAGAAUCUACGACCAACAUGGACAUUGCCCAAGGCGCCUUGCUGGGCUUAGUGGUGGACAAUCGACUGGAAAUAACCAAUUGCUUCCCAUUCCCCAAACAGAGCGAUGAGACAAUGGAUGAAGAAGAGUACCAGCUUGCAAUGAUGCGCCGCCUUCGCAGAGUAAAUGUCGACCAUUUUCAUGUCGGAUGGUACCAGAGCGCCGAUGUAGGCAACUUUCUGAGUCUCCCGCUCCUGGAAUCUCAGUACCACUAUCAGACAUCGAUUGAAGAGUCUGUAGUUGUUAUCUACGACACUCAGAAGUCGGCCAGAGGCUUCCUAACACUCAAGGCAUAUCGCCUGACUCCGCAAGCAAUCGAAAUGUACAAGGAGGGCGAAUACACGCCCGAAGCCCUGCUGAAGUUGAAGGUGGGCUUUGAGAAUCUGUUCACCGAAGUUCCGUUCUUGAUCAAGAACUCCCCAUUGACCAACAUCAUGAUGUCAGAGCUGAAUGAGCUCGUCCCGAAAGACGAGGGUUCGAAGUUUCUGGAUUUGGGCACCGCAACCGUAUUAGAGAACCAAUUGAGAAGCCUGAUGGAUCGCGUAGAUGAGCUCAACCAGGAAGCCAUCAAGUUUAACCGAUUCCAGCAAUUGGUUAGCAGGCAGCAGCAGGACAAGCACCGCUACCUGCAAAAGAGGGCUCAAGAAAAUGCUGCUAGAGUUGCCAAGGACGAGGCUCCUCUGCCCGAAGAAGACCUCAACAAACUGUUCAAGCCACAUCCGGUUCCACCCAGGUUGAACCCCAUGAUUAUAGCUGGACAAAUCAACACAUACAGUCAAGCAGUUUCGCAGUUUUGCUCUCAGUCUUUGGCAAAAUUAUACAUUACUCAGGCACUACAGAACGCUAAGGAAAGUACCUCAAAUAAAUGAUAAAUAACAUUGUUCGUAAUAUGUAUCCAACAUUUUUUUUUAAAUAAAUGAUUGAGGCUAA